AUGCUGUACUCGCUGUUCUUAGUGCCAUCGCUGUCCCUGCUGGUGAUGCCUGUCCCUAGCCAUGCCUGGUCACGGCCCCUCUGGUACCAAGUGGGGCUGGACUUGCAGCCAUGGGGCUGCCAGCCAAAUGGCCUGGAUGGCUGCAGGAGCAGCAGUCUGGGCUGCCCUGGUUACUGGAUGGCCCUGGGAGGAAGUCGCGUCUACCCCGUGGCUGGCAUUACGAUCACCACCACUAUGAUGCUGGUUAUCAGCCGUAUGAUGUUACACCGGUGGCGAUCUCAGGUCAUUAAGGAUCAGCUCCCACAGGUGACUCCCAGUCCCUGCAGACACUGGAAACGGCAGGCGGCCGUUGUCUCAGACCGCACCCUGGUCCUCAGGGUCCUCCACAUGCUGGAUGCCAUCCUGCUCCACAUUGAGGGCCACCUGCAGCGCCUGGCUUCCCAGGAACAAAUUCAAAUAAAAGGAACUCCCACCCAGUCUGGGUGA